UGGUAUUGUCGCAUAAAGAAUUGCCCUACGUAAUGAAGAGCUCUUUUUGGUAGCUAAUAAUAUCUUACGGCGCAUCAAUGUCCUGGAUCUCCGCGAUAACGACAGUGUCGCAAUGGAUACUCCUAUAUCCUGUUACCUUUCUCAUAUACUACGGAUAUGGAAUCUUGCAACUAUUGGUAACGCCAUUGGUGAAACUAGGACAAUUCGCUCUUCACUGCACCCUUUGGCCCUUCAAUAUAAUUUUGAAAUUUGAGGUACGGAAGUAUUUAAAUUGUAUCUCCCAUCAAAGAACAACUUGCUUGAGUCCAAUACCCCAAAUGGGGAUGGUUGUUGACAUUCUUACAGGCUUUUUUGACCUUUGUUUUGGCAGCCAUACUCACUGGGGCAUCACUGGGGCUGCUAUUGUACUAUACGAGUUCCUUUAUUGUGGAAAUUUUGAACCAGUCCCUGGGGCUAACUUACCCUUUACCUCGUCAACCCCAAGCUUAUCAGGCCGGCGCCAUCAAGAGACCGAAGAGAAACGCUCUGGAAAGAAGAUAUAGUCCGCUCAAUGAAUACCUGGCCGGCAGCGGUAGACAAAUCAAAAAGAGUGGGCUUCUGUCUUCCACGAUCUUG